AACACUUUCUCAUUCUGUUUUAAUUUUUUCGAACUGAAACGACAAGUUAGCUCAAUCGCGAACUGAGCUCAAAUAAAACAAAAACACACAAAACUGGAAAAAAACAACCGAGAAAGAAGUUUGUUUAAAGAAAAUUUUAUUUCCACAAAAAUAAUCAAAAGAAAAAAUUAAACACCAAAAUGUCCAACAUCGAAGUGCAACAAUCAUUAACCGAUAAAACAGCAGUAAUCCGAUGUGAAAAUCGUCGAGAAACUUUAAGCAAAAUGCAACUUUUCUUCGAACAGCAAAGAUUCUGUGAUGUCGAAUUAAUAGCUGCCAAAGAUAAUUUUCGUAUAUCUGCUCAUCGGAUUAUACUUUCAGCUGCAAGUGAAUACUUUUUGGGAUUAUUACAAAAACCCGAAAUAACCGAAUUAACCAUUGACGAUGUCGACGGUAAUAUAUUAAAAUUAUUAUUAAAUUUUAUUUACACAGCAUCAAUUGAGAUAUCAAGUGAGACAGUUUACGAUAUUAUGCGUACAUCGAGUUUGUUUAAACUUAACACGGUUGAAGCUGAAUGCUCUGAGUUUCUAUCGAGAUCUCUCGACAAGACAAAUUGCUUGGGAGUAGCCCUCAAUUGCAAAGAGAACAACUAUCGUGAACUCUUUGAAAAAGCUUUCAUGUUUGCCGCACAGCAUUUUAUUCAAAUAAUUGACGAGGAAGAGUUCUUGACUCUGGAAUUAGAGUUGCUUGUUCAACUAUUAAAACGUAAUGAUCUCUGUGUUAGGUCAGAGGAAGAUGUUUUUCGUGGAAUCAUCCGUUGGAUUGAACACGACAAAACAAACCGAGAAAGUCAUUCCAUGGAAUUGUUAUCCUAUUUGCGAUUCCCUCUUUUGACCCCAGAGUUCAUUGUAAAUAAAGUUGGUGACGCUUUGCCAGCUCCUGAGUUUCAGGUUCUUAUUAUGAAGGCAUUGAAAUGGCACAUGUCGCCAGCAAAUCGAGCCUCGCUAUUCAGCGAAGAGCUUUGCCGACCAAGAAACCAGAGAGGUCAGUUGAUUCUGAUCAAAAGUGGCACUGAACUGGAAAUGCCUCUGAAUGCCGAAGUAUUUGAUCCGAUUACUGGCGCUUGGAGUAGCGAGGAAUGGCCUGCAAAGCCAGAACCUUGUUGGUACACCAAUGGUAUUUUAAUUAAUGAAAAAGUCUAUCUGGCUUGCACCACAGUUGUGGGUGGUAGGGAAACCAACUGUGUCCAUUGCUACGAUUUAGAAACCCAAGAGUGGACUGUAUUGCCACCAAUGAUUGGACGUCGUUUUUCAUUUGGAAUGGCUGAAUUGAAUGGUCAGCUGUAUGCUGUUGGUGGUCAUAAUGGAACUGAUAACUUGUACUCUGUUGAAAAAUGGGAUCCUAAUUCGCCACAAAGAUGGCAAGAAGUUGCUCCAAUGCAAAAGGAACGCAAUCAACCUGGAGUGACUGUUUGCAAUGGACUAAUGUAUGCCAUUGGAAGUACUGGUGAUUUUGAUCAUAAUUCAUUUGAAUUCUAUGAUCCACAAACUAAUACAUGGGCUGAAUUAACUCCACCAAUACAAGCUCGCACUUCGGUAGGAUUGUGUGUAGUUAAAGGGCUGCUGUAUGCAGUUGGUGGGCGUACUGAGACUGGCAUUUGUACAAUGAUUGAACGUUAUGACUUUCAGAGUGAUACUUGGUCUGAGAUUUCACCAUCGGGUAAAUUCCAACAAUACAUUCAGUGUGUUACUUGGAUGAAUCGUUUGUUGGUUUUGGUCGAAAUGAAUGAGGGUGAAUUUAAGCAUAUUGUUGAAGAAUAUAAUCCAGAAACUGGCAAAUGGAGGGUUAUUAAUUCGUUUGGAAAAGAUCAUGGCACAGCUAUUUUGGUUUCAAAUAGAAUUUAAAAAUUUUUAAAUUUAAGAAUGUACUGAAUAAAUAAUGAAAUUUCAAAAAUAUAUGUAUUAAAUUUGA